AUGGCCUCGCCCCGCGAUCCAGCACGGCUUCGCCAGGGCCUCAAUCCGCUCACGACGAACUCGCUAAGUACUUACGGCAACCAUGCCAACUCGCCCAUUUCUGCCGUUUCGAUGGCCUCUUCCCACAUACAAUCGGCGCAGACACCUGGCAGUGCGAUUCAACCAUAUAAUCCUCAGGAAUGGGUUCCGUCGCCAGCACAGAUGCCCGAUAGGUCUCACCAGUUCCCGGCGGAGGGGGGGCAAGCGUCAGCAGUCCCUCCUCCCCCAUACAGUCCUCCUCGAAGCCGACAACAGCGACCGAUGAGUACCGCCUUUGAGCACACCACUGCCCUGGGUUCAACACCACCGCCUCCCAGCAGAAUGACAAUGUCUCCUCUCCAUCGUCCUUCUCCAGAACCCCCCGUUAAUCCGUCAUUUCCUCCGCCACCUGGGGCAGGAGGAAGAGGAAAUUCAAGAGAGCGUCGCUUUGGAUUACCAUCUCUCGGUCGCCGAAAGGACCAUGAGCAACCACAGGCCACUUCGCCGGAUCCUCAAACAAGUGCCUCGCAUCUGAGAAGAAGUCUGGGGCCUGCAAUGCUCCAACAAGAACCUGAACGCAUUGUAGCUCCUAUGCCGAGUGUCGUUCCCAUCAUAGGACCACCAGCAGCUCGUAGAGCUGCUUCGACUGGUGCCAUUGACACACCCACAUCUCAACGUUCACGGUCAACGUCGCAAACAAGGUGGGAGCCUGGCAUGCCGUUGCCUCCGCCGCCGCCAGGUCCUCCGCCGUCGUCGUCAAGAUCACAAAGCGUUCAAAGCAUAGAUCGAUCCAGCGUUCCAAUUAUUUCACCUCCAACGAGGCGACCGCCGCCGAGCGGCGUAACAUCACUCGGACCAGUUCCACCAACACCCGCAGACUGGGUCGAUACUGAGGCAGAACGUGGCCAGUCUGGCCAACCCAGUCGAGCUGGUCGUGGGCGUUCUCCUGGUCUGGUGAUUGAUACUACGACUGCAGCUAAUGCUCCCGAUGUGCCAGAACCGUUGGGGUCGUCAAAUAGCACAGGUGGCUUGAAUAGGGCCAGAGCGGUGCGACAUGAUAAAACAAUCCUCCAAAGAAGAGCUGAAAGCCGAAGCCGCCACACAUCACACGGCUCCAUCGAUGCCAUUACACAGCCGCAUAAUAUUUCGGAUAUUGUUGUUCCCUCGAGCUCCGGUGGUCUCAUGCAAAGGUUGAUGGGCGGGAAAUCAACACCUCGUAGUGCCGGUAGAAGGGAUGGUGAGUUGCCUCGAACUGGCGACUCCCUGACGCUUCAAGAUUCUCGAAACUCAACCCCUCGUGCUCCAGGAUCUGCUCAGCUUGAAGCAGCAACACCCCCUUUUUCUCCAUACCAAGGCAAAUCGGUGCAAACGCCCGCAACCGCCCCAGCAGCGGCCCCAAAGGCUCUACCAACUCCACCGCCGCAAACACGAUCAGCUUCCGGAUCACGCCCCCGGGAUUCAUCCCGCCCUCCAAUGUCGGCAUUGACGCCGAUUUCAAAGCACAUGGUAAUCGGUCAGACUGCCGAGCAGUUUGCUGCGGCUACAGUCGAGAGGUUUCGGGCAUUCGCAGCCAAGGAAUCGACCGCCGCGUCGGAUGCGGAUCGAGUUCGCAUGUUUGCUGAUUUCAUUGUAAACGAAUCUAGAAUUCGGAGGGAGCGAUAUUCAUCAGCUAUUGGAGCUAUGGGAUCAGAAAUUUUUGACCUCACUCGCGACUUGUUCCGUCCAAUGGCGUCGUCGUCCAGGAGAGAAUCCGGAGCGUCCCAGGAUGAAUGGACGCCAGCAUCUACAGAUCCAAAUUAUUCCCAAAGAGACUCAACAGGAUCCAUCGUCAGGGGUGAAGGGCUGUCUAUUUCGGCGCCAACGUCUGCAAAUCUUCCUGCGUCGCCGAGUGGUGCACCGGCCCCAAGCAAUGCAAACUGGACAAGCAACUACAUGCCGUCUCUAUCACCUAUCCUUAGUAUGAGUGUUAGCGAUAACUACGAAAACGGAAGCUCUCGUGGACGGCCACCAAGCCGAUGGUGGGAGACCGAUUCUCAGGGCGAACCGCGUAUGUUUGAGAGAUCCAAGAGAGAAUCCAAGUAUAUGGGAGUUCCAAAAGGUCGAUGGAUCGAAGAGGAGCAAGGGACGGGGGCUUAUGCUGUGGCAAGCGAGUAUGCAUCGUCGUCAGAAUACCCACCAGAGAAGACUGGAUGGCACGACCAAGGAGAUUCAUCAUCCUGGACUCCGCAGCCGUUGCGACUUUCUGGGAGUACACCCGGCGGCUCAAGUGCCUCUCCUGCAUCACAUAACAAGCCGGAUGCAUUGGAUGUCUCUCGACUUGUUACCAUGCCGCCACCAUAUCCUCGCCACUAUCCUGCUGUUAAUAACAAUCACCCAGAACUGACAGCCACACGGACUGCGGUGAGAGCAUUGGGUGAACUUUCAGAGAUCGACAACGUGAAGGAGAGAUUUGCAAUCGCGAGCUCCAAGCGCCGGGAAGAGUUCUCCAAGGCUGCUUCAGAGCGUCGACAGUCGCUGAUGGCUAACCUACAGAAAGAAAUCAGCUCCGGCAACAUUGGAUAUGCCGACGCCGCUGCCAUCGAGUCAGACUCUCAACAACAGGAGAGGGAUAAAAAGAAGGAACUGGAAAAGAAUGAAUACGAGCAGUUCCAGAACGAUGUCAUCCUUCCGCUGAACGAUCUCUUGACUGCUAAAAUUGCGAAAGCUGACGUGCUGUACAAAGACCUAUCAGAGCACCUCUUUGACAAUGGUCAAAUGGAUGCUGAUAUGCCUCAAGAGGAAGGAGACGAUCGACCUGAAUUGCUCGAGAAACUCACUCUAUUAAAAUGGAUUUUCGAAACCCGAGAAUCUCUACACAGAGCUAUUUACGACAUCUUAUCCGAUCGUAACACGCGCUAUUGCGAGGUAGUGCUUACACCUUACCGUCUUUCUGGCAAUAAUGAGAAGCUCAGGUCAGCAGAGGCAUUCUUCGCCGAGGAUGCGGCAAAGCGAGAAUAUGUGCUUGCCAAUGAGGUUCUGGAUCGUGCUCGACAGUUCCGAACCAUUGUUGACGAAGCUGUCGAGCGUGGAGUCGCGCUGCAGCUCUCGGCCUUUUGGGAUAUUGCACCGCCGCUGCGCCAGUUGCUUGACAGCAUUCCAGCAAAACUCGAUAGCUUCAACAUUCAGAUCCCGGCGUCUGAAUUUGACGAGAACCCAGCGUACCACGACCACCCGCUGCAGUAUCUUUACAGUCUUUUGAUGCACGCCGAAAAGAGCACAUAUCAAUUCAUCGAAUCACACACCAACUUGUUGUGUCUCCUGCACGAGGUCAAGGGUGCGGUGGUCAAUGCCAAAGCGAGGGUAUUGGAAACUCAGGUCACUGAAGCUGAUGGCUCCGCCAUCUGCGCUGAAGACCGUGAGCGAAGGGCCACCAGCAUGAGGCAGAGCGAAGAUCGACGACUGACUGAGGAUCUGAAGGAAAAGGUACGCCUUGUUCAAGAGCAGUGGAACAGUUCACUUGGCGAAGGUAUUAAGAGCGUCAAAGACCGUGCUGGUGAAUUGCUUCUGAGGACUGGUGGGUGGGAUGAGACGCUGGAAGAGGGAGCGGUGUUUUCUGGCGUUUAG